CCUGCAUUAGAAUGUGGUAACACUUUCUAAUAUCACUAAUCAUUUGAUGACUAAUAACCAUGUCGUUGAUGGGUCUUUAAACUCCACUUACUCACUGAUCAUUUGGAUGUUUUAUUUUCAGAAACCAUGAUCGAUCACCUCCAGAAGCGUCUCGGUGAUCUCUACUCCAACAGUGUUAUUUCAAAGUUUAGGGCUCUAGAUCACACAUUGUGGCCCGAACUGGAUAAUGAUAAACAUUCCAAAGAAGCCUUUGUGCUUCAUGGCAGAGAUCAGAUAGGUGGUUUGGUGGAACACUAUGAAGAGGUGUUCAAGCGCCAUGGUGUUGACCCUGGAUCCGUGCUUCACCAGUUCUGUCUUUACAAAACGUGGGCCAAGAACUGCCAGACAUCCAUGAGGAACACACUCAUCACUGUUCUAAAAAGAGAGGAUCUUAAGAAGAGGUUUGAUGCUCUGGCCAUACUGAUGGAGAUUUAUGUCGUCAUGUCCGUGAGCACUGCCAUGUGUGAGCGUGGCUUUUCUUGCAUGAAGAGAGUGAAGUCCGACUGGAGGUCCUCCCUCACCACCAUACAACUGAACCGACUCAUGUAUAUUUCCUUGGAGGGCCCAACAUGUGACAAGUUUGUUCCUCUGAACUCAGUAAAUUAUUGGUGGGGCGCGGCUGUGAGGAAGCCAGGCUUCACUGCUUGGAAACAAAGAAUCGAACAACCAACUGAUGAGGAGCUGAAAAGAGAGCUAGAGGAGAUAGACAGAGAAAUGGAAGCAAGCCGAGAUGCUGAAGAUGCUGCUAGAGAGAGGUUGAAUCAUGUCACAGAGUCUAAGGAAGAUAAGGAAGGAGUGGAUAGAGAGGCUACUGAAGAUGCUUAAGAGAGACUGAAGCAUGAAUCUCAGACUCAAAUGCAAUA